CAAACGGCCUAUAUGUACAUGUUAAAUCAAAUAAAUUAUUAUAGUACUGUACAUUGUAAACAAAAAUAACGUCAUCAGCGGACAGGUGUUAUUACAGUAUAUACGGUAAUAAUACUUAUUUAAAUCAUUUGCCAGUGUAUUAACCUGAAAGUGGUUGAAACUCUUCCGUAUCGGCGAAAUCAGCGCGUGACCAGUGGUAAAAUCAGAGAGAAUCUGAUUCUAGUUUUGUUAAGGAGAGUGCACUUCCAAAAUGGCCUUGCUCUUCAUCCCACUGGCUGUCCUGGCUCAAAUAUUAGGCUUGACCACUGUUGCCUUAAUCAGUGUCUGGAUGAUAAAAUAUCUUGAUGGCUUUGCCUGGGAUGGAUCCAGCCAGCAAUUUAACCUUCACCCUUUCCUAAUGGUCAUAGGACUUAUCUAUUUCUAUGGCAAUGCAAUUAUUAUAUACCGCAUCACGUCUGGACUGAAUGUACCACGCCUUGCUGUCAAAUUGGCACACUUUAUCCUUCAACUUUGUGCAUUCAUCUGUUCGAUCAUAGCCCUAGUUGCAGUUUUCCAGUUCCAUAAUGCAAACCAAAUUCCAAACAUGUACUCCAUGCACAGCUGGGCUGGAAUAGCCACUGUUGUCAUGUUUGGGUUGCAGCUGUUGUUUGGAUUCCUGAUAUUCCUGUUUCCAAAGUUACCGGAGCGAUACCGAACGCUUUACAUGUCUUCCCACAUAUUUUUUGGAGUGUUUAUUUUAGGUCUUGCCGGAGCCACCGUCUUGAUGGGAAUAGGAGAGAAGCUAGCCUUUGCAGGAUCUACUUUAAACACAGAAGCUAUUUUAGGGAAUGUUGCAGGCUUGACAACUAUCGCGUUCACUUGUAUCAUUGCUUAUAUAAUCUACAAACCUGACUACUAUGCCGAUCGGUCGUUGACUUCUUGUAAAAUGUUUUGCACUGGAGUUCAGUCAAAUCAAGAUCCUUUAGUAACGAAGAAGGGAUGUAACAGCGACACUUUAAAUGCUUGAAUAAGCACUGCUCUUGAAUAAGACUGGGGUGUUGGGUGGGGUGCAGACAGUGCAAGCGCUUCCCCCCCCCCCCCAAAAAAAAUAUAUUAAGAAAAUUAGUUUUUGUAUAGUAUUGUUGAUAUAUUAUUUUUAUCAUUAUGAAUAUAGUAUAGUAACAUUUUUUGAAAGUAUGAGAAUGCAAUUUCCAGUCAUCUUGAGGUCCAUCUUCUCAAAAUUUUCGCACCUCAGCUCUAACCAUGGUGAUACUGAGGUGGUGUUGACGCUCACGCACCCCUACCGCCAAUUCCUGUAUCCGCCCCAUCCAGCAAGCCAUGCAUGAAGGCCGCCCUCAAGAAAACAAAGCCAUUCUAUAUAAGGCAGUGCUAUGUUUAUGAGAUAUUCAUUUACGGAAUGUAGCAGUGUGGUGCCUACUUGAGAGUACUAUUACCUAAUAUGCUUUGAUCAUCAGGAAGCUAUUAAACAACUGAUUUCUCAGACCAGACUGAAUAAUACCAUUUUUACAAGAUAAUUUAUGGUAACUUGGAAAAUGCUACUCUCAAUAAUUUGUAGAAAGCACCCCUCCCAAAUACCUGCCACACUAGAGCCUCCAAAAAUUGUUUGCCCUGCGGCGCUUAAUUGGUCAUUCGCUGUAUUCUACAUCCUACGCACAGAUUGUGAAUUGUAUUUUAUAAACAAGGUUUACUUUUUUCAGUAGAUUACAUGAAACACUCAAUGUUAUAGGAUAAAUAAGUUUUAUUAUUCUCAUCAAAUUUUAUUAAUAUUCACGUUGCGAUACAUGUCACCAGCUUAUUUCAGGGAGAUAUUUUUUCAUUUGCAAAAAAUGCAAACAUCGUGGAUUCUGGGAGGUUAGGAGAUUUUUGCUUGCUCCUAAUAUUCAGGACACUCCAGCAACCUUCAAGAGACCACUAAACGUUUGAACCAGUUACCGUUACUUCAGUAUCCAGAAAUUUUAAAUAGAUGGGGCCCCCCCCCCAAGGAGGCACUUUCACAAAUGGUGGUGUAGAGCACCUCAGCCCACCAUUGUUGGGGCUGAGGUAAGAAAAUUAUGAUGGCACCUCUGGAUGGCUGGAAAUGGCACUUUCCUCAGACUUAAAUUUAAAUACUUUUUUGUUUUCACCAUUUUUUUUUUUAGUUUGAAAAUUGUUUGAAUCUGCCACUGAACUUCAGGGUUGUGAUAAUAGAUUAUUGGCGUUGUUAUCUGUACUUUCAGUGUACUUAAAUAUUUUAAAAAAAGUGAUUUGGUAUUUUUUCAGUAACAAAAUUGCAGUGUUUAAUUUUAUUUGCAAAUAAGAUGAAAUGCAAUUUGUAGCCAAGCUGUGUUUCUUAUGUUUCCGAUGUACUUAAAUUACAUCACAGUCUUCUUGGUUUUGAAAAAAAUAAAAAAGAAUUUCAUUUUGCUUAGUAGAUAUUGUAUAGAAUAAAAUCAGUUGGAAGUAAAAUUUGUUUUUAAAUUUGAUUAUUAUUGAAUAAAGUAAGAUUGUAUUUACUUGUUCAUGAUUAAAAUCAAUUAAGUAACAAAGAAGUAAUUUGUAAAAGAAUAUAAAAUUUGGUCAUAACCAUCACUGUACUUUUCGACAGGUUCAUGGUCCUGUAACAUUUAAUUUUGCCUUUUAUUUUUUCCCCUCUGCAAACAGUCAUACAGUCUUAAAAUACUGAGAACGAAAUUCCACACAAAAUCUGAUAUUGUCUGGGCCACAGUUUGGUAGUACAGAGCCAUAGAUGGGUUUUGCAUACAGUGCACUAAUAUGUCUGACAUAAGCUGAUAACAAUUUUUCAGUGAAUUAUGGUAUGUUUCUUUCUUGAUUAUUCAAAGUGCAUAGAAGUAUUGUUUUAUUACUAUUUUACCUGUAUUUUCUGCUAUAAGACAGCAUGGUUGUAUUUCUACACAAAAUUAAACUUCCAAAUUUACCUCAGAAUUUUAUAGCAACUGAAUAUAAAAUAGCUUGUGUGCUACUAAUCUUCCAACUGUAACAAUAUGAGGUAUACUGUUUGUCAUAGAGAUGCUAAUACCUUAGUGUUUUUAUUUAUAGUGUCCAUUUUCUGUGUAAAAUUUGUUAUGUUGCUUGUGUAUUAUGUUUGUAUUUCUUCCUUGAUUGAACGUAUGUAGAAAUAAUGAAAAACAAACACUGCGUGUAUGUGUAUGAAAUACAUUAAUGUCACAAAUAAAGAGUUUUACUCUGUAUUUGAUUGUGGAAUGCACAGCAUUAUCGUUACCACCAGUAUUGUAUUAUUAUUUUGUUAUUACUUGCUUUUUAAGAUAUUACUGUCAUUUGACUUGGGAAUACUCAGUAAGACUGCAGUAUCUUUUCUAGAGUUAGUAAUGUAGGAAAUACAGUAAUAGGGAAAACUAGAAAAGGUUAUAUUAUACUCAGCAAGUUUCCAGUGGAGGAGGCCCACAUAGUGUAGUUCUCCCUCCCUGCGCUCACUCCUUUACUCUGUGAAGUGUUUGCACAUUAAGUGUGAAUGUCAUGGUUUCCAAUAAACUGUUUAAUAUUGCUAUAAAAUGGUCUGAAACAACCUAUUUCAUAUAUAUUAGUAACCAGGUUUUACAAUAUAGUCACCCAUGCAAGACCAUUUCUGUAAUCAUGUUGUGUAUAAAAAAAACAUCACAACAGAGCAACUGUAGCUUGGAUUGUUCAUACAGUAUUAAUACAAUUGUAGAAUGUUGUGAAUUGUGCAUUCAUAGGCUUAUUGCUUAUUGAUUGUAAUAAUUAUUAAUGAUAAAAAGUAAUCUAUUUGUAUCUUAGUUAUUACAUUGCAAGUAGCAAGUAUUAAUUUUAAAACUAGCAUUAUUAGGCCUCCUAGAUUGUCCAGUUAUUAAAAGUGCUAUAUAUACAGUAUAUCAAAUAUUAUUACGUAUCCGUAAUCUAAGCAACUAAGUUGCUAUGGUUAUGGUCAUGAAUAUUCAUAAUACUGUAAGUGUAAUUUAAAAAAAAAUCAUAUCCCAUUAGUGAUUCUCUUUCUAUUGACCACCAGUCAUUCAUGAAUAUUCACAAUGAGUGUUAUGUUUAUGUAAUGUAGUGUUAUGGUCAUGAGCAAAAUCAUGAAGUCAAAUAUUUAUGAGGUGUUGUUGACAAAGGCGCAAUUCAACUUCUUUUGUGCAGCAUAAUUAUGUAUCCUUGAUCUGCCAGUUGUUAAAAGUGCUAUAUAAAUAUCAAACAUUAUUACCAUAUUGCUUUGUUGAGUAUAAAAAUAAUUGGCUUUCAAGCAAAGCUCUGGAGAAAAAAAAAAAAAAAUUUGUUAAUAUCUGGAGAAACUUGAGGUAAUAAUAACCCAGUUUACCCAGUUUUUAAAUUUCCAAAUAUUCAUAUAAAAUUAGCCGUUCCCAAUUAGGUGAGACUCUUUUAAUACCUAGCAAACUCGCCACCCACCAAUAAUGAUGAUUUUAAUAAAAAUAACAUUUAUUUAUUUUUGGCCAAUUAGUGCAUACCCACCACCACAAAAAAAAAUAGACAUUUUAGAAGAAAGUACUGCAAGUUUUUUUUCUUUUUUUAAUAUUCCCACCACUGCCUUGAAAUUAAAAAAAAAAUGUGUAUAUUUCUUAAUAAUAAAAAUUUAAAGCAUUAAACCAACUCAUUACUAUACUGUUAACAUUCAAUAAAACUUUAUUCUUAUUUUCGCGUCCAUCUGGAUGCUUAUGGCAAUUUUUUUUUUCUGCCUUCCUCUGAAAGAAAUUGUAGUGUCGAUGAUCAUGUACUGUACUGUAAUGUAAUGAUGCAAAAAAUGAAAUAAACUCAACUGAUCAAUACAGGAGGUACACAGUGCACAAUAGUGCCUGUUGAUAACAACAUGAAUAUUCAUGUUUAUUGGACGUCACUGUUGUAGUCAUAAGUGAAACUUUUCUACAUGUCACUAUUAGUAAAUCAUGAAUAUUCAAAUGAUUUUUUUCUUACAUUGUCAUAAUAAUCAAUUCAAUAAAUGGUUUUGACCAACA